AUGGCUACUGAUGCAUCACUUAGUCUACAGGAAAUUUGCCAUGAAUCGCUAGAAAAAGGCGAUAUUGAUUAUUCAAAUGAAGAUGAAACGUUACACUUUGUGUCAGAGCCCCAUGAAGAUGAAYUAACUGACGAAAGCGGUCUAGAUUUACAAGAAACAUCGAACAAUUCACCCGACAUUGAAGAUGACGAGUUAUCUCAUGACCAAGAAGAUGAAGUUACUAACAUUACAACCACAGCAGCAACAACAGCUCUAGAYACAUUAGUCCACACUGCGUGCCAAGAUGUCAAUCACCACAGGUCRUGCAGUGAUAUGUCUGUUAAYAGUACUGUUGCCGUCAGUACAAGCAGUCUAYUGGACUCUUCUGUUCCAUCCACAUCUUCAUCAUUAUCUAGUUCAGAACAUUCUCUAGAAGGGAAUAAUGCCAUCAUGGGUACAAUGUUAGAUGCUAAUAUGAUAGCUGCUGUCAGUCAAGCUGUGAGGGGUACUGGUGUCAAUGUACUUAGUCUUCCUACCAUGGCAUUCAAACAGAUCGAUACACCAAGUCAAUCUACAUGUAGUGAAGAAAGCUAUUCUAAAGAUGACCUAAGAGAUUCAGAUAGCAAUGAGGACAUUGAAGAAUUUGAGGAAGAAGAAUUAGAAAAUUUUGAUGGAAUACGGAAGAGUGAGCGAAAGCGUAAACCGCCAAGACCUCGAUCCCCAGAAGAAGAACCAAAGGUCAAGAGAAAGCGGAAAAGAAGUCAUCGUGUGUCAUCYUCUGGACAAUCACAAUCAGAAAYACCUUUUAAAUGUGACAAGUGUGGCUCUCCGUAUGUAACAAACCCUUCAAGGCGWGGYAAUCGUUUGAAGACAUCUACUCAUCAGCCAAGCCCAAGACAYAAGAUAGAUCCUAUAACUGGAAGGACRUUAACAUUAUGCAAUGCUUGCGGUCUUUCUUUUGAUCGACCAAAGAAGCCACACAGAGAAAAACUCCUGCCAACACAGGAAGACAAGAAUAACUACUUAGAAGAAGCCAAGAAGUUUGCAAAAAGAAUUGCAGAUGAUAUCAAUGACCCUGAUGCUGAAAGGCUUUUCUGUCCAUUGUUUAAGUCCAGAGCUUGUGGAUGCUUACAAAAACACAUUAUGGGAUCUGAAAAUGAGCUAGACAUCAGUGAAUCCAAAGCAAGAGUUGAUGAAUUGCUAGACUUCAUGAAACAAGCCAGAGAACGGGCCAAAGAGAAAUGUUAUGAUAUGGAGGAAAUCAGAAACAGACCUACGAAAAGUAAAAGGUCAAAGAAUAUUGGCCUUGGAAAUGGACAAAGAAARUCAAAAGGCUUUGAAGACUUUGURCUGGAUAAAAGAAAGUACCUUCGUGAAACUUUAAAGUUGUGUGAAAGAGCAACACAAAAAGUUUUGCUUUACUCUAAUAACUUCCUGCACAAGAAAUUAAAAACAGAUCCAACGAAAGCUGUACGUAUUGAAAGAAAGAAAGGCAAAGCAGCACUGGGAAAACUCAAGCCUUUUGAUGAACUACAGAAUGAAAAAUGCUGUGUUGACAACUGUAUUACGAUUGCUCARUCMCACAGCAAACUCCUUCAACAGUGGAGAGAUCGUGCYGUAUCUGGACAAACCGAAGCUCGCCGAGUUCUAGCGGAAAUGUUGACACCUUCAGGAGGAGCUCGUUCAAACUGCUAUAAGUUCAUAUCAUGGGUGACKGGAUGUAGCCACAGUACUAUUGGAAGAGUUAAUGAACAAAUGAAACAAACCAGUGGUGACCGUGAACCUCCAACACAUGGACUCAUCAAAUGGUGGAAAGAAAAUCCAAAGCCAAAGAAACAAAAACCAGUAAAACAUGUUCCACAACAGGUUGACGCAGUACAACAAGUAGCCUUACAACAGAUACAACAAACCAAYAUACCACAAGUUGCUAAUAUUUUACAAGCUGCUGUCAGCUCAGCUGGAUUGACAGCUGUCAUGAUGCCCUCCAUGGCAACCACAGUUCCCUUGGGAACUGUGAGUACCAAUGCUCUCACUCAGCCUCAGAUCUCCACCAUCAUGCUCAACAAUGGGACUAUUCAAAUUCAAACACAGGGAACCCAACAAGCUGCUACACCUCAGGUUCAACAAAUGCAGCUGCAACAACAACAGUAUGAACAACAAUUACAGCAACUGCAGCUGCAGGCCUAUCAACUUCAGCAGCAACAGCAGCAAAUACAACAGCGUCUCCAACAAACACAACAACAAUUACAACAGGCACAACAGCAGCAGCAACAUCAACAACAGCAACAACUUCAACAGUCUUUGCAGCAUUGUCUCCAACAACAACAUCAACAACAACAGCAAAUCAUCCAGACGCAAGCACAGGAAAUCCAUGUCGUACAACAACAUCCACAGAUGGUCCCACAAGACGGCASUCCGAGAGACGUCCAACAGGAUGCCCAACAAACAGUGGCAAACAUCCCAGUCUCAAAUAUAGUCACUGUUGCUAUACCAACAAGCAUGGCUGUUUCUCAGGCAGCGUCAUUAAACACUGAGCCUUUCUUGUCACCAGAGGUUCUCCAGUUGGCAUUGAAUCAAAUACCUCCUCAUUUGGUCAUACCUGUGUCAACMAAUAACAAUGUGACCCAAGCUGUACCUGUCUCUCUUAUACAAACCACUCAAAACUCCCUUUAAUAUCAKCACAAAUAGUACAGAAAAAAGAACGAGUGAAAUUAAGGGAAAACUUUACAGUAUAUGAAAUAGAAAAAUACCAACUAAUUUCACACUUAUACAAGUGACUUACGCAAACUUGGACAAUGUGAAUAUUCUCAACAAAAAAAAAAACCAGAAAUGUCAUCAGUGUCUUAAAAAAUAUUUAACAAUCAAAUCUAUUUGACUCUGGUCUCUUCCUUUAAGGAAAGUCAUACAAAAUAAUAAUUAGUCUUGUGGCAUAAUUCAAUGGUAUUAAUUAAAUGUAUUUAGUGUGUAAAGAAACCCAUUGUAAAAUAUGAAAUAUAUUUUAUUAUUUUGCUUAAUUUAUUUAAUCAAAAUUAAAAUGAAAAGCUUUAAUUGCAACAGAA